CGCUGUGGCUUAUUAACACCCAAGUCCGUAAUAAGCCGGGUUCAUAACUCAGGGAGGUUUUACCCACCGUCGCCAGGAGGAGCCAAGCAGCUCUUUGGAUACAGAUACAACAAGCUGUCGGUGUGGUWUGUCGCCAGCUUGUAAUUUGGUGUCGGAAAUGAAACGGAGAGGCUUUUUCAAUGUAGCUUGUUAGCUCUGCCUGCGUUGGUUGCGUACAGUCAGUGGUACACACACACUGGCUUUUUGUUCUGCUCUUGGACAGCCUCUGCAUGACAAAUUAUCGCCAGUGUUUAGUACAGACAGGGCGGUGAAACAGCGGGUGCUCUAUUGAGAAGCGUGUCAAGAAGAAACCCCCCCUGGUUGUCAGCCUCAACCCCCGGGGCUAACCCCCGGUCAUCGAGCGCAUUAAUGGCCGGAAAUCCGCGGAGGGGCGCCGGUCUCAUCAACUUGAUGAAGGACGCCUUUCAACCCCACCAGCAGCCUCUUCAGCCUCACCAACCCGCAGUGGUCGAUAAGAAAAUGGUGGAGAAAUGCUGGAAACUCAUGGAUAAGGUGGUGCGGUUAUGCCAAAACCCCAAGGUGGCAUUGAAGAACAGUCCACCCUACAUCCUCGAUCUGCUGCCGGACACCUACCAGCACUUACGCACCAUCCUGUCCCGAUACGAGGGCAARAUGGAGAUUCUUGGGGAAAACGAGUACUUUCGUGUGGUCAUUGACAACUUGACCAACAAGACGAAGCAGACCAUGAGCCUUUUUAAGGAGGCCAAGGAGAGGAUGUACGAGGAGAACUCUCAGCCCAGGCGUAACCUCACAAAGCUGUCGUUGAUCUUCAGUCACAUGCUAGCAGAGCUAAAAGCCAUCUUCCCCAAUGGCCUAUUUCAGGGCGACAACUUCAGGAUUACCAAAGCUGACGCCGCUGAAUUUUGGAGGAGGUCAUUUGGUGACAAAACCAUUGUGCCAUGGAGGAUGUUUCGUCAGGCUCUCCAUGAGUUUCACCCCAUAAGUUCAGGUUUGGAGGCCAUGGCGCUCAAAUCAACCAUCGACCUCACCUGCAACGACUACAUCUCCGUGUUUGAGUUCGACAUUUUCACCAGACUCUUUCAGCCGUGGUCGUCUCUUCUGAGGAACUGGAACAGUCUGGCAGUCACACAUCCUGGUUACAUGGCCUUCCUAACCUACGACGAGGUCAAGGCUCGACUGCAGAGAUUUAUCCACAAACCUGGCAGCUACAUAUUCAGGCUGAGCUGCACUCGGUUGGGCCAGUGGGCGAUCGGAUAUGUAACAGCUGAUGGGAACAUCCUGCAGACCAUCCCUCACAACAAACCACUCUUCCAGGCCCUCAUUGAUGGAUACAGAGAGGGAUUCUAUCUUUUCCCAGACGGCCGUGCACAAAACCCAGACCUAACAGGUUUGUGUGAGCCUUCUCCACAGGACCACAUCAAAGUUACUCAGGAGCAGUAUGAGCUGUACUGUGAGAUGGGCUCCACUUUCCAGCUGUGUAAGAUCUGCGCCGAGAACGAUAAGGAUGUAAAGAUUGAGCCCUGCAGACACCUGAUGUGCACUUCCUGUCUGACUGCCUGGCAGGAGUCAGAGGGUCAAGGCUGCCCGUUUUGCCGCUGUGAGAUUAAAGGCACCGAGCCCAUCGUGGUGGACCCCUUCCACCCGAAGGCCAGCGGGGCUUCCUUUGCCGGCUUCCAAGGGUCCAGCAGAGCAGAAGCAGCUGGAAACGACGAGGAGGAGGAUGAUCGCCUGGAGGACCAGCAUCUUGUCAUGAGCCGGCUGGCCUGCAGUAAGGUUGAGCGUCCUGCUUCUCCRGUGUCUCAGCUGCCUCCGGUACCUCCACGGCUGGACCUCCUGCAGAGGUCCUCCAGCUCACAUCCUGCUCUGGCUCAGGGAGCUACACCCAAGAUCGCAGCCACUCACAGAGACAAGCCUCUACCUCCUCCUCCUGGUCUGAGAGAUCCCCCCCCUCCUCCCCCUCCCGAGCGGCCCUCCCUCGCAGGCCAGGACUCCAGAUUCCAGAGGAGACCUCUGCCCUCCACCCCGGACCAGCCCGCCUGGGCAGCCAACUACAUGGUCCCACGUCCUGCCACCAAGGCCUCGUUGCUUCUGUCCUCCGUCCCUCCGAGCGGCGGCGGCGCCAACGGAGAGGCGACCAAACCUCAAGCAGUUACUAACGCCGUCUACUGCCUGGCUGCGAGGUCUCUGCCACAGUCUGUGGUGUCGAGUGGAGAAAAACCAUCAUCAGAUUCUGAGGAGAAUGAAUACAUGAGCCCCACCUCCCUCCCAKUUUCCAACACCCCCUGGGUCUUAUCGGGCUCGCUGGUGCCCCCACCGCCAACCCAGACAACCAACCACGAUGACGUCAGCGAGGGGGACGACAUCGACUCAGAGGACCCUCAAGUGUACGAAUCCAUGUUUAACAUCCAAAGCCAAGCCAGUUCCUGUGAGACGACACAGACCAGUGACCCCGAGCACCCUCAGCAUUCAGCUGUGGUUUCCCAGGAGAGGGAGGACGCGGAUGUGGAGGAUAUUUAUGGGUAUGACUGUCCCCGGCCGGUCGUCCCUCCUGCCCCCACCAGAAGAACCGUGUCUGAGAUCAGCUGUCCCUGCGCAGACUUGAGCUCUCUUAGCAUGGCUGCUUCAGUAGAAGCUGGUACGUCUGCAGCUGGGGUCGAACUUGAACGCCCCCCCAAACCUCUCCCACGUCGAGCCAACUCUGACCGACGGCCUCGACCUUUCAACCGGGACUUGUCCGCUCCGCUGCCGGAGCUGCCCGGUCCCUCCUCUGCCUCUCCCCCUCCUCUUCCUCCUCCUCCCCCUCCUGCUGCCGCCACCGCCAGCCCCGCGAGCUUGGCUCUAAACGGGGAGAUCGAAUGCCUGAUGUCCCAGGGCUACUCCAUCCAGGACAUCCAGAAAGCCCUGAUGAUCGCUCAGAACAACCUGGAGACGGCCAAGAACAUCCUGCGUGAGUUCGUCUCCAUCCCCUCCACGGCGCACAUCGCCACAUAGUCACUCCCGUCCCGCUCACCCUCUGUGUCCCCUCCCCCCCUCCCCCCUGUCAUCUCUUCGUGCCAUCAUCACGGACAGCAUUUACCAAGCACUUUCCUGCAGAGGCCACAAGGACUUGCCAGAAGGACUUACUCCGAAAGAAAGCACAGCGUUCACAUCAGAUCUGAAAACAAAGCCUCCAAAGUCAAUUGUAAUAAAGUGUGUCAGGUAUUAUUAGCUUCUCUGGAAAAAAAAACCCCGAUUGUUUUGAUUUUGUUGGACAAGUGAAGCCUCCCAACCUGGAGAUGCAAGGCUUCGGUCCAGACAGCCGGAGGUUCAUGUCUCUGACGUGAAUGCAGGAUUCAUGGAAAAUGAAAGCCUGUGAACUGAGCUGCCUGAAGCCAAGUWUGUGACCCAGCUGCACUGAGGCUGAGGUAGAAAAGUGCUGUGGCAGAACCCCUCCCGCCCCGCCCCUAAACCCCAGUCUCUAAGUGCAUUCUCUCAUUAAGCUACGUUGACUGUUCAGCAGAAGGGCUCUUCUCUCUGCUGCCGCGGCUCUUCGAUUCGGUGCUUUAUGGGCUUCUUUGUGAACUGUGGCGUGGAUGAAAUUAGCGAAUAACUCCGUGGCGUGCGUGCUGGUGCAGAUGGACGUUCGGCAGCGAUGGGCUUCAUGUCGCAGUGUGGGCUCGCUCUGUUUCCACGGCAUCCGACAAGUCGAGCUUAACUCCGUUCUCCUGGUUCAGCCGUGGUUCUGUGAUGAAAUGAUUCUAAUACUGAAGUACUCUCAUAACGUGUUGUGUCGUGUGUAGUACUAACAAUGGCUGAAUUAUGGCUCCUUUUUAUCAUUUCAUUUCAUGGUUCAGUAGAAUGAAUCUCAGAAGGCAAACCUGGAAAACAAGACAACAAAAUCUAAAUCUGUUAAACUGUUUUGAUUUGAUUUUGAGAUCUAGCCUCGAUGCAGCCGUGCAUGCUGGGAAAAACCCAGRAAAAGCCCUGGUUCUAUAAUCGGACAGUUUGAGUGAUGGUGACGCACUAAUCCACCUCACACUAAAAACACAAAACACUCUAAAUCCAAUUCCUGACGUUUAGGAUUUGGUGCCCAGUUUAUUAGAAAAAAAGAAAACACUUCCACUGGUCUCCCUCCCAGCAUUAACUCGUACACAGUUUUCUUUUUUGUUKUUUUUUUUCUUUUAGACACUUCCUGUAAACAUCGGUCCCACAGUACCAUGAAAACCCCGCCCCCCAUCUGUCCCCAACUAAUCUACCUCACUUUCCCCAAGUCACCAGUUCAAACAUCGUACCCAGCAGUUUGUUGGCCUCAAAMUGAAACCACAACAAAACCACGUGUCAGAUCCAGGGUCUGCCAUCCUCAAAAACAAAAACUCACCACCUUUUUAAAAAAAAAAGCRUUGGACGUUUGAAAACGCGUCAACGUCCCUGACGAGUCGCAGCGUCGWCACAAAGCCAAGAACAUGGUUGUUUUUUAUUAAAAGCGUAAAAUCAGCGUCGCUGAUGAAAGGGUUAAUGAGCGAAGAGCUCCAGGAAAGGUUAGAAAGCACAAACAGGGUGAAGAGGUUUGUCAUGUGGACUCAGGUACUCUGUAAUACAAACAGCUUAGAUGAAUUAACAGGUUCUGAGGAUGAUCCAACAAAACAUUGUCAUUCCUGAAGCGUUUCUUUUUUUUUUAGUUUAUAUGGCCACAGUUUCUGCUCUGUUGUUUUAGUCACUUUUACAUCCUUGAGCUCGUUUUCCUCCUCUGAGUUCAUCCUCUGGGUAUUGUUUGUGUUGCAGUCAUUCAUCCACCGUGCAGCUGGUACUCCGCUUUGAAAGYGACGCUUCAGGCUUUAGAGCUGCUACAACAUAUUGGAUAAAACUGAACUAUUGCAUGCUUUGAGGCAAUGGUUAGGGAUAUUCCAUAGGAUAUUUGUUUUGUUCAGUUUGGAAACAUCAGCUCUGACAUCGAGUCAGGAAAUGUGAAUGUGAAAACGUUGUUUGUUUUUUUUACAUUUUUUUCUUUUUGUAUUGAGUUUAAAUAACGAAGCAUUCCAGAAAUGUUAGUGGGAAUUAUUUCUUAACUUGAAAUCCCUGUUUUCAGGUCAAACAUCAGAUUUACAUUUUUCAGAUGUUUUUGGACAAGCUUUCAGCUUCCACACUUUUUUAUCCUUUUUAUUCUGUUUGAUUCAUAAAACUUUGUAGAUGUUUUUAUUCCAACACUCCCAGAAACUGCAUGAAAUUACUUUGUAGCAACGUAAUACUUGAAUUGGUUGACUUCUAAGUUUCUGUAGUGAAUUUGCAAGAAAGAAUGAGCAUUAAGUCAAAAAAAUCUUGCACCUUCUUCAAGAGAAAAUUGUUACCCGAAAUGUAAAAGAGGAAUCUUUAUAAUAGUAAUUAAAGAGCGAUGCACUUGGCAUUUCUGGAAAAGAUUUAUCAGAAAAGCUUUCUUUUCCUUUUGAUUUAUCUCCGUCUGGACUUCCCUUCGUUCAUCUAUUUUACGUCAAACUAUUUAUUCACAGAACUGGUAACAUGCUCAGAUAAAAUAUAAGAAAGACCUAAAUUUGUUCGAAGCAGAAAUAAUUAAUUUUCAGCUCCAGCACUGCCCCCUGCUGGUCAGUUGUUAGAAUGCAGUUGGGUCUUUAAAAUAUGGGACUUUAUUGCAUUUACUUGUAUAACGUUUUAUCCAUUUAUUUUCUUGAAGAGCAGGUAACACUUUUCAAGAAAAUGUUGUGUUUUCAGUGAAUUACUAAAGUGAGGAAGAGUCCAGUCCAUCGCUCCUUUUAAUCUUUAAGGAAAUAAAUUGUCAGGUCUGCAGAAGUGCUUUGUUUAAGCAAAGAUAAAAACAAAUGAAGCUCCAUCUCCACCCACAGAUAUAAGGGUGGAUAAAGUGUCCUUUAUAUCCAUAACUACAAUUAUUUUUCCUUACACUAGUCUCUCAUAUUUGACUCAGAAGUCCCCAUCCUGCACAGGAACAGGAAACUUUGUUGGUUUUAAUGUUCAAGUUUCUUCUUUUAUGUAAAUAUGUCGUUAUGAUUGUGUGGGGUUAAAAAAAGAAAACAUGCCUUGUUUAUUUAAACAUCUCAAAAUGAACUAUUGUAAGUUUUUUUUUUUUUAAGUGCUUUUCAUCAGACUGAAGAGCUUUGAGCUGUUUUCCAGGUGGGAAUGUGUCCUGCAGCUUUUAACGAGCUCAAACAGCAACCGUUUCAGUCUGCUCCUCCUGUCCUCAGUCCCUCUGCCCGACCUCGGGGUUUGAACUCUAACAGCUGCACUGUGAAAGCGUGGACAUGCAAACACACUCCAGUUUAUUCACGGUCUCGUUUACCCUCAGAGUCUUCGGUGAACUCGGCUCGAUCACCCACGUGUUAACUGGCCUUCUCAGACAGAACUUGCCUACUAAAAAGUCUUUGCUUUAUUGCCUGUGUAGAUAYGAUUUUAUUUAUUGUCUUUAAUAUCCUCUGCAUUCAUUGUGCCGCCAUGUUUUCAUGCCUAAGCCAUUAAGAUUUUUAAUUAAACUGUAUUUUCUUUAA